UUGUAUUUUUAGUAAAGACAGGGGUUUCACCAUGUUGGUCAGGCUGGUCUCGAACUCCUGACCUUGUGAUCUGCCUGCCACAGCCUCCUAAAGUGUUGGGAUUACAGGCAUGAGCCACUGCUCCUGGCUUUUUUUUUUUUUUUUUUGAGAUGUAGUUUCAUUCUUGUUGCCCAGGCUGGAGUACAAUGGCGCGAUCUCGGCUCACUGCAAUCUCCACCUCAGCCUCUCAAGUAGCUGGGAUUACAGGCAUGCACCACCACACCUGGCUAACUUCUUUUUUUUUUUUUUUUUUUUUUUUUUUUGAGAUGGAGUCUCGCUCUGUUGCCCAGGCUGGAGUGCAGUGGUGCGAUCUUGGCUCACUGCAAGCUCCGCCUCCCACGUUCACGCCAUUCUCCUGCCUCAGACUCCCGCGUAGCUGGGACUACAGGCGCCUGCCACCACGCCCGGCUAAUUUUUUGUAUUUUUAGUAGAGACAGGGUUUCACCGUGUUAGCCAGGAUGGUCUCGAUCUUCUGACCUCAUGAUCCGCCCGCUGCAGCCUCCCAAAGUGCUGGGAUUAUAGGAGUGAGCCACUGUGCCCGGCCUUAAUUUUUGUAUUUUUAGCAGAGACGGGGUUUCACCAUGUUGGCCCGGCUGGUCUCAAACUCCUGACCUCAAGUGAUCCACCCACCUCAGCCUCCCAAAGUGCUGGGAUUACAGGUAUGAGCCACUGUGCCCAUCCUAUGUCAACUACACCUCAAUAAAGCUGUCUACAAAAUUAAAGAAUGGUGAGAAGACUAUUAAGUUUCAUAUCAUUGGCUUAUUCAAAGCCUAGUUCUAUCAAGAUUGAACAUUUGUUCCUUGCCUAAACCAUACAAGCUUCAAACUCCUCCACUUCCAUAGACUAUCAAUCCUAUUUCUAGACUGUAACCUGCCCUUCCUCUUCCAAAUCUGACCAGACAUUUUAUAUGUGCUGUCAACACGAAUAUCCCAGAGUAAGCCAUGCAAGAAUGUGGAUGACUUAGCUAAAUGUGCUGCCGCUACUUGAAAAAUUUAGAGUUAAAAUUUAAUGAAGUUUAAACUCAGUGUAACUGACCUAUAAUUGCCCUAAGUCUAAGGUCUUUUAAGAAGCUGACAGGUGCCGAGUGCAGUGGCUCAUGCUGGUAAUCCCAGCACUUUGGGAGGCAGGCAGAUCACUUGAGGUCAGGAGUUCGAGACCAGCCUGGCCAACAUGGUGACACCCCGUCUCUACCAAAAAUAUAAAAAUUAGCCAGAUGCGGUGGCACGUGCCUGUAAUCCCACCUACUCGGCAUGCACAACAUGGGAAGACAACAGACACCAAAGAUACUUUGGAUUCUUGCUGCUAAGUAAGUAUUCAAGCACUACGUGCACGUUGUUACAAUUAAUAAGGCAAUCUGACCCCAUCCCUGCCACCAGGAAACUGCAAUACUAUUAAUAUAUUAAAAAGGAAGACAACUGAGAUAAAGGGAAUGUGGGAGGUGGGGGGGGGGGUGCUUAGGAGAUAUCAGAAUACAACCUCUUAGAAUUACAGAAUCUCAACAACCAUCCUUUAUGCCUGAUCUUCGGUUCAGUAGCUCUAGGAUUCCAAGGGACCCCUCCUAACUGCAUUGCCUUCUCUCUCCAAUUCCCUUUGUCUCAGAAUGUUACACCUUCCCCCAGUUAAUAGUGUGGGCUUAAAAUGUAUCUAGGUGUUCUUACCUACUGACAAACUGCUGGAGUUGUUCAUGGGAAAGGAAUCAAGGCAAAAUAUCUAAUGCAUUCAGGUCGUCGGAGUUUUCUUUUUAAUUUAUUGCUUUUUUGAGAUUGGGCAUCAGUAUGUUGCCCAGGCUGAAGUGCAAUAGCAAUAUCUCUGCGAGACUCUGUCUCAAAAAAAACCAUUAGAGUCUUCACCUUAGGAUGGACUAGGGCUAUGGCAUACUGGUAAGCAUUUAAAAAUAAAGGGGUAAGAUGGCCUGGAUUUGCAGUAUCUGAGUAAAGGGAAUACUCCAACCCAGUCCGAUUUCAAGGUCCCAGUGAGGUUACUGAAUUCGAAGCUCAGAAGGUAUGCGCCUAGUAUUCCCACCAUACGAAUACAAGAGAGGUAAGUAACCUCAAAAGCAUUGAUAACAGUAAAAUAGUUACAAUACCUCUAUUACCUCUUUAGUAUCCAUUACCUUCGUUUGUAAUAUAAUUUAACUGUCAGUUUACAUAACAAAAGAGUCUUUAAAGGCGCAAGCGCGCUCCUGGGGAGAGUAUGGGGCUGUUGGCAGGGAAAGCAGCUUUUCGAUCGUAUAAAUGCUCUUUGUGCCCAGACUGCCCUCUAUAAAUCAGCACUAUCAACCCUGUUCAGAGACUUGUCCACGACCUCCAAGAAAACACUUUAUUCAUACUACUCCUAGCGUGCGCUCCUACCCGCCCCAGGGACUUCAGUCUUCCGGGGGAGGGAUAACUACUUGGGGACACGGAGCACUGCCUUCGUCCCGGGUCACGCGGGAAGGAUGACCGCAAAGCCUCCAGUCGGCGCCGGGUUCCGGGGCUGAGGGGCUGAUGGGCCCAAGACGAUAACCGGGAUCCGCUCCGGCCGCGCUCCUCCUGCCUUUGAGAAGCCCCGGAAGUGGCCCGGCGCUUGGCCGCAGCGGGAAGUCUUCGGAAAGAAAAGGCCGGAACCAGAAGAUAGACUCACAGCAAUGCCUUACCCGGCCCCCGUCCGCCUCACACCCGGGCCAGCCAGCAUCCAGUAGUGCGCACCGCCUCCUCGCCAAGCUCCGCCCUGCGUCCUCCCCAGGGGUUAACUCGCAAUGCGCGGUCUUGUGGCGGAGGUAGUGUGGACCGUCCAGGGCUAGAGUAAGCGGAGCCCCGCGGCCCGGAGCCAUGCUGAGGAGCUGCGCGGCGUGCCUCCGCACGCCGGGGGCCCUGCGCCGGCCGCCGGUAGGCCGGCGCCUGCCCGGUAGCGAGCCGCGACCCGCGCUGAGGUCAUUUUCUUCUGAGGAAGUCAUUCUUAAGGACUGUUCUGUCCCCAACCCCGGCUGGAACAAGGACCUAAGACUGCUCUUUGACCAGUUUAUGAAGAAAUGUGAAGAUGGCUCCUGGAAACGUUUGCCUUCAUAUAAACGUACACCUACUGAAAGGAUUCAAGACUUCAAAACCCGUUUUCUUGACCCAAAGCUUAUGAAAGAAGAACAAAUGUCACAGGCCCAGCUCUUCACCAGAAGCUUUGAUGAUGGCCUGGGCUUUGAAUACGUGAUGUUCUACAAUGAUGUUGAGAAAAGGAUGGUUUGCUUAUUUCAAGGAGGCCCUUACCUGGAAGGACCACCUGGAUUCGUUCAUGGAGGUGCCAUUGCAACCAUGAUUGAUGCCACUGUUGGUAUGUGUGCAAUGAUGGCUGGGGGAAUCGUCAUGACUGCCAAUCUCAACAUCAAUUAUAAAAGACCUAUCCCUCUUUGUUCUGUUGUUAUGAUAAAUAGCCAACUUGAUAAAGUUGAAGGAAGGAAAUUUUUUGUUUCCUGUAAUGUUCAGAGUGUUGAUGAGAAGACCCUAUACUCAGAGGCGACAAGCUUAUUUAUAAAGCUGAAUCCUGCUAAAAGUCUGACAUAAAGAGCUGCUGGUGAGCUCCAUCUCAUUCUCUCCCCUCCAGAAGAAGCAGUUGUCCCCCAAAUACUCUGCUCCCUCACUGCUGAAUCCCUGUAGGAGAAGCCUGCCAACAGUGACCUUCCGAAACAGCCUUCUGAAUACAAGGAGGAUUCAGUUUCCAUCUUCUCAACUUUUUAACACAGAAACACUUCCUGCGAGCAUAUUGACAACUCUCAGGCCAGGCGCUGUGGCUCACACCUGUAAUCCCAGCACUUUAGGAGGCCGAGGCAGGCGGAUUGCCUGAGGUCAGGAGUUCAAGAUCAGUCUGGGCAACAUGAUGAAACCCCGUCUCUACUAAAAUACAAAAAAUUAGCCAGGCAUGGUGGCGUGCACCUGUAGUCCCAGCUACUCAGGAGGCUGAGGCAGGAGAAUUGCUUGAACCCAGGAGGUGGAAGUUGCAGUGAGCCAGGAUCAUGCCACAUCACUCCAGCCUGGGCAACAGAACAAGAACCCAUCUCAAAACAAACAAACAACAAAAAAAAACUCUGUCUCCUUAGGUAACUGCUCCACUGCGGACUAGAGAAAUAAACAUGUAUUGAAACUUUUACUGCAAACUUGAAAAUGCUAGAAAACCAGGCAUGAAGAAUAAAUACAUGGCGAGGAACACACAGGCAUGUUCAUAAGCAUAUACAUUGUAAGUAAGUUAGAAAGCUAGCUUUGUUGUAUCUGAACACAUGAAUCUUUUUUGGUCAGUGUAGGAAGCACAGCCAGAUCCUAUAGGAAUGAAUACCUCAAAUCUGUUGUCUGAGAUUCUAGAGAGUAAACCACUGUGCCAUUUUUAACCCAGGCUGUACUGUUGUUUCUUACCAACAGCAUAGGUUUUCAUCACUGGAAGGAGCCUGUGUUCAUUUCCUAGGGCUGCUGUAGCAAAGUAGUACAAACUGGGUUGUUUAAACCAACAAAAACUCAUUGUCUGUCAGUUCUGGAGGCCAGAAGUUCAAAAUCAAGGUGUUGACCAAGGCCAUUCUCCUGAAGGUGCUAGGGAAGGAGCUGUCCGUGCCUCCCUCCUGGCUUCUGGGAGCCUCAGGUGUUCCUUGGCUUCUAGAUGCAUCAUUCCAGUCCUCCAUCUUCACAUGGCAUUCCCUCUGUGUGUCUCCACAGUGUCUUCCCUUUGUGCAGAUCUAUCUAUGUGUCCAAAUCUCCCCUUUUUAUAAGGAAACCAGUCAUAAUGGGCCCACCUGAAUGACCUCAUUUUAACUUGAUUACCUCUCUGUAAAAAAUGUAUUUCCAAGUAAAGUGAUGUUAUGAGGUAUUGGAGAUUAGGACCACAACACACCUUUUUUGGGAGGACACAAUUCAACCUGUAAAAGAGCCUCGACAAGACUAAAAAAUGAAUGGAGAGACUUGAAGGGGGCCAGCCCCUCCACACCUGUGGGUAUUUCUCAUCAGGUGGGAUGAGAGACUGAGAAAAGAAAUAAGGCACAGAGACAAAGUAUAAAGAAAGAACCCUGGGCCCAGGGGACCGGCGCUCAGCAUACGGAGGACCCGCACCGGCCCCAGUCUCAGCUCCCUCAGUAUUUAUUGAUUACUAUUUUCACUAUCUCGGCAAGGGGAAUGCAGCAGGAGAACAGAGUGAUAGUGGGGAGAAGGUCAGCAGGAAAAUACGUGAGCAAAGGAAUCCGUGUUACAAAUAAGUUCAAGGGAAGGUACUGUGCCCAGAUGUGUACGUAGGCCAGAUUUAUGCUUCUCUCCAGCCAAACAUCUCAGUGUAGCAAAGAGUAACAGCAGCAUUGCCACCAGCGUAUCUCGCCUGCAGCCACAGGGUGGUUUUCUCCUAUCUCAGAAUGGAAUGAACAUAGGAUCGGGUUUUACACCGAGACAUUCCGUUCCCAGGGGCAUGCAGGAGACAGAGGCCUUCCUCUUAUCAACCACAAGAGGCCUUCCUCUUUUACUAAUCCCCCUCAUCACAGACCCUUUACGGGUGUCGGGCUGGGGGACGGUCAGGUCUUUCCCUUCCCUCGAGGCCAUAUAUCAGGCUGUCUCAGUGGGGGGAACCUUGGACAAUACCCAGGCUUUCUUGGGCAGAGGUCCCUGCGGCUUUCCGCAGUGCAUUGUGCCCCUGGUUAAUUGAGAAUGGCGAUGAUUUUUACCAAGCAUACUGCCUGUAAACAUACUGUCAACGAGGCACAUCUGCACAGUCCUAGAUCCCUUAAACCUUGAUUUCAUACAGCACAUGUUUCUGUAAGCACAAGGUUGGGGCUAAAGUUACAGAUUAACAGCGUCUCAAGACAAAGCAAUUUUCUUAGUGCAGAUCAAAAUGGAGUUUCUUAUGUCUUCCUUUUCUACAUAGACACAGUAACAGUCUGAUCUCUCUUUUCCCUACAGAGACUAAUGUUCUGGAAAAUAUAUUCUGCUUCCUAAUGCAGGCAAUAGAUUAUUUGGGCUUCCAUUUCUUUCCUUUCUUUCCCCUUAUUAAAAAUUUAAGCUGAACCGUAUGAAAUCACUAUUUUGAAGAUCAGAAUGGUCAAAUAUUUUUUUUUUCUUUUUUUUGAGACGGAGUCUCGCUCUGUCGCCCAGGCUGGAGUGCAGUGGUACAGUCUCGGCUCACUGCAAGCUCCGCCUCCCGGGUUCACGCCAUUCUCCCACCUCAGCCUCUCCGAGUAGCUGGGACUACAGGCACCCGCCACCAUGCCCGGCUAAUUUUUUUUUUUUUUUUUUGUAUUUUUAGUAGAGACGGGGUUUCGCCGUGGUCUCGACCUCCUGACCUCGUGAUCUGCCAGCCUCGGCCUCCCAAAGUGCUGAGAUUACAAGCGUGAGCCACCGUGCCCGGCUGGAAUGGUCAAAUAUUGACAAUUUCCUAUGGUUCAACCUAAUAACUUAGGGACAGCCUUGUGGUACCAUACCCAGUCAUCCUUCCACAGCCAAAAGAUCAGCUGGAGCCCUCCAUUGCCAGAGCUGACUAACCUGGGAUGGCCAAGCCAGAAGAAGACCCAGGUCCUGGAAGCUCUGUCUCUAGUGCCCAACACCAGUUCUCAAGCUGCAAGAAGGGCCCAGCAGACAUGGGGGCACUGCAGAGGUGAAGCUGGCAAUUCCUUCUCCCGGAAACUCUGAGAGUGCCUGGGAAAGUGCCCCAGAAGAUGGCUGGGCUCACAGCUCUACAAGUUACAGGUCUGGCAACGGCCACCCUCUAUUCCCAGUCUUCCAACAAAUCCUGAAACUUAACAGAGUGGACUCUUACGAUAAUUAUAUUUCACAUGUUAAAAAAUAUGAUUCCGAAGGAAUAAGCCAGCACUGCUCAUUUAGCUAGUUUCACUUAACUAGUUGGGAGGAAGUUUAGACAGUGAAGGUACUGUACUCUCAUCGUUAGAUUUCUCUGGCAGGCUUGCAGAACUGCUAUGGCACACCAGACCUCCAGCCAAGUGAAAGAACCUAACUGAAAGAGUGCCAAAUGACCAGGUUUUCUUCAUGUUAAGUAUGCCUGCCUCCCUUCGUAUCCACUUUUUUCCCUUUACAGUUUCAUUUCUUACACUGGUUUGCUCACAUCCAGGUUAGAUGCUGCACAAGAUCAACUAAGGAAAAAGCUCAGUCACUGUUAACAUAGGGUUCCCCAUAGCCAGUGAGGGAAAAAUGGCUUCCCUGCUUUGCAGCAGACUAUUCCUAGCCUUCACCAUGCCCUGGCACUCGCUUUCCACAGGUUGUAUUUUGACAAGUAUGUAAGAUAGCAAAAGGUGCCAGAAGAGGCAGAAAGAAGGAGGGAGAUGCCAUCGGAAUUGCCAGCUCCACUCCAUCACUGGCUUGCUGUGUGACCUAAUGGAACUAUUGCUCAUUUCCUGUUUCCUUCUUUUUCCUUUCUUUUUUUUUUUCAAGACAGGGUCUGGCUCUGUCGCCUGGGCUGGAAUGCAGAGACACGAUCUCAGCUCAAUGCAACCUCCACCUCCCAGGUUCAAGCGAUUCUCCUGCCUCAGCUGCCCAAGUAGCUGGGACUACAGGCAUGCGCCACCAAACCCAGCUAAUUUUUGUGUUGUUUGCAGAGACGGGGUUUUGCCAUGUUGCCCAGUCUGGUCUCAAACUCCUGGGCUCAAGUGAUCUUCCCACCUCAGCCUGCCAAAGUACUGGGACUACAGGCAUGAGCCACCUUGCUCAACCUGUUUCCUUCUUUAUACCAAGUGCUAACAUUUUGAAUGAAUAUUAGGAAUUGAUGCUGGUUAGUGCUAAAAUAUCUUUAAACUAUUGGUGUAAACAUAAUUAGGACUUGAGUUUUUGCUCUUACUCCCAGGUUUCUAAAUGUCUAAGGAACAGUAAAAUGAGAGUCAUGUGCAGAAAUAUAUUGUUGGAAGAAUUUUUUAAAAAAGCAAAAUGAGAUUAAGUUUUUCUCUAAUGGGAAGAUGGAAUGAAAUAUAUAAGUUAAGAAAAACCUUUUCUUCUGUAUUAAGGAAGCUCAUAUCCUACACGUUCCUAUGUUCCCUACCCCAUUACCUUCUCGGGACCCUUAACCUCUUCUGGGGACUUACUAAGCCAAAUUAUUGUCUUACCUAAUGGAUGACCAUCAUGGAACCCUAGUCAAACAUAUUUUUCAGGACCAAGUAUACAACAUCCUCCGUGAUGGAGACAAUGAGGCAAUCUUUCAAAUUUAAGUCACUAAAAAUAAGUCGUGAAUUUGAUGUCUCAGAAAAGUUUGAAAUUUCACUUGAUAGUAUUCUUGGUCUGGCACUACUCUGACCAGUUUAGAAUUACAGAAUUGGUUUAUUCCUUCUCUUAAAUUAUAGAUUUAAAAUUAAGUGGGCUGCAGACAAAGAUACCAUAAGAGGAAAAAAAAGUCAAAACUACAGAUCAAUAUCCCUUACGAGUAUAGAUGCAAAAAUACUCAACAAGAUAACAGGCAAAUCCAAUAGCACAUUAAAAAGAUUAUAUGCUAUGACCAAGUGAGAUUUAUCCCAGAAAUGCAGAGGUGGUUCAACAUAAGAAAAUAAAUUAAUGUAAUAUACCACAUUAAUACUUCAAGAGAGUAAAACCACAUGAUCAUCUCAAUUGGUGCAAGGAAUGGCAUUUGACAAAAUCCAACACCCUUUCAUGACAAAAAGCACUGAGAAAACUAGGAAUAGAAAAAGACUACCUGAACAUAAUCUAGAAAAAUGCACAGCUGGUAUCACACUCAGUGAUAAAAGACAGAAAGCUUUCCCCUAACAUUAGGAACAAGGUAAGGAUUUCCACCUUCACUACUGCUAUUCAAUAUAGUACUGGAAGUCUUACCCAGAGGAGUUAAGCAAGAAAAACAAAAACAGCUUGCAAAUUAGAAAGGAAGAUGUAAAAUUAUCUCUAUUUGCAGAUGACAUGUCUACAUAUAGAAAAUCCCAAAGAAUUCACCAAAAAAAACAAAACUAGCACUAAUAAAUAAAUUCAGCAAAAUUGCAGGGUACAAAACUUCAUUGGCUGGGUGCGGUGGCUCAAGCCUGUAAUCCCAGCACUUUGGGAGGCCGAGGCGGGCGGAUCACAAGGUCAGGAGAUUGAGACCAUCCUGGCUGACAUGGUGAAACCCCAUCUCUACUAAAAAUACAAAGAAUUAGCCAGGCGUGGUGGCGGGCUCCUGUAGUCCCGGCCACCUCAGGAGGCUGAGGCAGGAGAAUGGCAUGAACCCAGGAGGCGGAGCUUGCAGUGAGCCGAGACUGCGCCACUGCACUCCAGCCUGGGCGACAGAGCAAGACUCCAUCUCAAAAAAAAAAAAAAAAACUUCAUCUUUUGUGCAUUAAAGAAUAUUGUCAGUAAAGUGAAAAAAAUCCCUACAGAAUGGGAAAAAAUUUGCAAAUUAUAUAUCCAAAAAGGUGUUAGCAUUCAGAAUAUAUAAGGAAUUCUUACAACUCAACAACAAAGAACCCGGUUUAAAAAUGGGCAAAGAACUUGAAUGGACAUUUCUCCAAAGAUAUGGAAAUGGAAAUGGCUAACAAGUAUAUGAAAAGAGCCUCAACAUCACUAAUCAUUAGAAAAAUGCAAAUCAAAACCACAAUGACCACACCUACUAAAAUGCCUAUGAUUUUUUUAUUUUAUUAUUAUUUUUUUUUUUUGAGAUGGAGUUUCACUCUUGUUGCCUAGGUUGGAAUGCAAUGGCGGGACCUGGGCUCACUGCAACCUCCGCCUCCCAGGUUCAAGUGAUUCUCCUGCCUCAGCCUCCCGAGUAACUGAGAUUACAGGCACCCACCACCACACCUGGCUAAUUUUUUUGUGUAUUUUUAGUAGAGAUGGGGUUUCACCAUGUUGGCCAGGCUGGUCUAUAAUUUUUCAUUUUUAAAAACAGUGUCAAGGAGGAUGUAAAAAAAAAUAGAAACUUCAUACAUUGCUGGGUGAAUAUAAAAUAGUGCAGCUGCUACGGAAAAUUUGGCAGUUCCCCAAAAAGACAUACAAUUACCAUAUGACCCGGCAAUUCCACUGCUAGGUAUAAAUACAAGAGAAAUGAAAACAUACAUCCACACAGAAGCUUGUACACUAGUGUUUAUAAUAGCAUUAUUUGUAAUAGCCAAAAUGUGGAAACAACCCAAAUGGCCAUUAAUGAAUGAAUGGAUAAACAAAUUGUGGUACACACACACACACACACACAUAAUAGAUUAUUAUUCAGCCAUACAAAGGAAUGAAAUACUGAAACAUGCUGCAGCUUGGAUAAACCUCAAAAGCAUCACAUGAAGUGAAAGAAAACAAUACUAUAUUUAGAAUAGGCAACUCCAUAGAUACAGAAAUGGGUUAGUGAUUGAUAUGGUUUGGCUGUGUCCCCACCCAAAAUCUCGUCUUGAAUUGUAAUCCAAAUUGUAAUCCCCAUGUGUUGGGGGCAGGACCUUGUGGGAGGUGAUUAGAUCACGGGGACGGUUCCCCCAUGCUGUUCUCGUGGUAGUGAGUGCAUUCUCAUGAGAUCUGAUGGUUUUAUAAAGGGCUUUUCCCCGCUUCGCUCAGCACUUCUCUCUCCUGCUGUCAGGAAGGAUGUGUUUUCUUCCCUUUUUGCCAUGAUUGUAAGUUUCCUGUGUCCUCCCCAGCCAUGCAGGACUGUGAGUCAAUUAAACCUCUUUCCUUUAGAAAUUUACCCAGUCUCAGGCAGUUCAUAGCAGUGUGAGAAUGGACUAAUACAGUGCUUGCUAGGGGAAUGAGUGUGGUGGGCAUGGAGGAGAGAACAGGAAGUGAUUUAAGUGAUUACUUACAAUACUGUUUUUCUAGGGUGAUAAACUUUUAAAACUAGAGAAAGGUGGUAGUUGCACAACAUUGUGAAUGUACUAAAUGCCAAUGAGUUGUACAUUUUUAAAUGAUUCGGCUGAGGAUGGUGACUCAUGCCUGUAAUCUUAACGCUUUGGGAGGCCAAGACGGAAGGAUCCCUUGAAACCAGGAGUUCAAGUCCAGCCCGGUCAACAUGGCAGACCCCAUUUCUACAAAAGAAAAAUUUUGAAAAUUAGCCAGGCAUGGUGACAUGCGCCUGUAGUUCCAGCUACUUGGGACGCUGAAGUGGAAGGAUUGCUUGAGCCCAGGAGUUCAUGGUUGCAGUCAGCUAUGAACAUGCCACUGCACUCCAACCUGGGCAACAGAGCAAGACCCUGUCUCAAAAAUAAUAAUAAUAAUAAUAAUAAUCAGAAAUUGGAACCGUCAUACAUUGUUGGUUGGAAUGCAAAAUGAUGCAACCAUUCUGGCAGUUCCUCCAAAAGCUAAACAGAAUUAUCCAGCAAUUCUAGUGGUAGGCAUAUUUAAAGGAAUUGAAAAAAGGGAUUCAAACAGAUCGUUGUGCUUCAGUGUUCAUUGCAGAAUUAUUCAUAAUUGCCAAAAGGUAGAAACAACCCAAAUGUCUAUCUACAGAUGAGCAGAUAAACAUCAUGUGAUAUAUACAUACAAUAGAAUAUGAUUCAGCCAUAAAGAGGAAUGAAGUUCUGAUACAUGCUACAACAUGGAUUAACCUUGAACACAUUAUGCUAAGUGAAAUAAGAUUUUAAAAGGACAAAUAUUGUAUGAUUCAAUUUAUAUGAAAUAUCUAGAAUAAGCAAAAUUGUAGACAGAAAAUAUAUUAGAGGUUACCAGGGGCAAGGGAGAGGCAGGAAUGGGGAGUUAUUGUUUAAUAGGUACAAAGUUGGGAUGAUUACGUUUUGGAAAUAGAUAGUGGUGAUGGUUGUACAAUAUUGUGAAUGCAAUUCCUGCCACUGAAUUGUACACUUAAAAGUGGUUAAAAUGGCGAAUUUUAUGUUACAUAUAUUUUACCACAACGUCAGAAGGCUAUUGUAAUAUACCAAAAACCAUUGAAUUGUA